AAGACAACAGCUCGCCGUCCGGAGCCCAGAAGGAGCCGCUCGCCGACGAAGGGAGUCGCGCCGAGGGCCAGCCCCACAGCUUAGAUGUCCAUGAGGAGCCCUGCCUCUCCUCAGCUGGAGCUCAAUGGAGCUGGGAACAUGGUGAACUGUGCCAUUAAGACAGAAGAGAAGAACGAGAAUUGCUACGAGUCUACAUGGGGAGAGGCAACCAGCACCACACCUGCCUCUGACAAACUACAGAAAUCACCCUUGCCACUGAAUGAAGUUACUGACUCCCCAAUUCUCUUACAGGAACCUUCAUCUCCAGCAGACAAAGCAUUAUUGAAUUGCAGGAACUCUGCAUUUGAGUCUACAUUUUCCAGCCGAGAAAAGUUGGAUUUUAAUAAAAACUUAAAAGAAGUAAUGCCGACCAUUGAGAAGUUAUUGUCCAGUGACUGGAAGGAGAGACUUCUGGGGAAAAACCCCAUGGAAUCCAAAGAAGUAAAAGGAACCCAAGAAAGCUUGGCAGAGAAAGAGUUGCAGCUGUUGGUUAUGAUUAACCAGCUAUCCAUCCUACGAGACCAGCUUUUGACAGCCCAUUCAGAGCAGAAGAACAUGGCAGCUAUGUUGUUUGAGAAGCAGCAGCAACAGAUGGAGCUGGCCAGACAGCAGCAGGAACAGAUUGCCAAGCAACAGCAGCAGCUUAUCCAGCAGCAACACAAGAUCAACCUGCUACAGCAGCAGAUCCAGCAGGUCAAUAUGCCGUAUGUAAUGAUUCCAGCCUUUCCUCCCAGUCACCAGCCUCUACCCGUCACCUCUGAUCCUCAAGUGGCACUUCCCAUCCAGCCAAUUCCCUGUAAACCAGUGGAAUACCCAAUGCAACUGCUGCACAGCCCCCCUCCUUCAGCAGUGAAGAGACCUGCAAGCUCAGGCCACCUGCAAAUCCAGGAAUCAUCGCAGCCACUGAACUUAACAGCAAAGUCCAAAGGUUCUGAGCUCUCCAAUACUUCCAGUUCACCUAACUUAAAGAUCAGCAACUGUCAGUCACUUGCUCCUAACCAUGGUGUUUGUCAGGAGCUGCAGACCAACCCUCCCAGCCUUCCUUUGGGGUUCCUUGGAGAAGGAGAUGCUAUAACCAAAGCAAUUCAGGAUGCCCGGCAACUUUUGCACAACCAAAGCAGAGCAAUAGAUGGCUCCCCAAAUCAUCCUUUCAGGAAGGACCAUGCUGGGUUGGACUCUUCACCUGUGAAAGAACAGGCAGAUGAGACUUUCCAGAGACUGGAUGAAUCCAUGUUAGCCUGCGACAGUGAUGGCUCUCGGCAUUUUCCUGAAUCCAGGAACAACAACCACAUAAAGCGUCCCAUGAAUGCCUUCAUGGUGUGGGCCAAGGAUGAGAGGCGCAAGAUCCUGCAGGCUUUUCCAGAUAUGCACAAUUCAAGCAUCAGUAAGAUUCUAGGCUCCCGGUGGAAAUCAAUGUCAAACCAGGAGAAGCAGCCCUACUAUGAGGAACAAGCCCGGCUCAGCCGCCAGCACCUGGAGAAAUACCCCAACUACAAAUAUAAGCCUCGCCCCAAACGCACUUGCAUUGUGGAAGGAAAGCGGCUUCGUGUUGGCGAAUACAAGGCACUGAUGAGGAACCGGCGGCAAGACGCCAGGCAGGGCUACCUGAUUGCGCCCCAGGGCAGUCAGAUGCCACCUUCUGCUUCAGAUCUCAUGUACCAGCGGUCAGUUGGGCUUCAGCUAGCCCCACCUCUUAUGGAUCACUACUUGCCUCGUGGCAUGGAGCCGGACAUGCCUGUUAUCGUCAACACACGUAGUCUAAAGCCAGAGGAAGGAGAUGGGAUUGAGGACAGUCAUUCAGUGCCUGAUGGGGAGAUGUACCAUUAUAGCGAAGAUGAGGAUUCAGAAGGGGAAGACAAGAGUGACAGCGAGUUGGUGGUUCUCACAGACUGAACUGAUGAACUUUGGCUGAGUGGGGUGAUAUAUCUGGGAGUGGAGGGGGACUUUAUCAGCUUCUUCCUCUCUUUCCAACUCAUAUAACUGGAUGGACAAUACUGGAUGGAUGGUCUGACUAAGAAAAAUGAGAGGCCAUGAUCUUCUGUCACUGAGAAAGACAGAACCCCAACCAUGAUGGUUGUAUCAAUCUAAUAUUAGGUCAGGGGCCAUAACUCAGUGUUAGAGUAUCUGUUUGCCUUGCAGAAAAUCCCAGGUUCAGUUCCCAAUGCCAUCAGUGAUCUAUCCUGAGAGCCCCUUGCAGCCAGAGUAAAUAACACUGGAUUAGAAGGACCAAUGGUUGUAUUCAGUAUAGGGCAGCUUUAUGUAUGUUAACUGUGAGAAUCCCGCAGCCCUUCAUAUGUUGUUAAUCUGCAGUUCCGAGCAUUCCUCUGGCUGGUUGCCUAGAUUUGUUGGAAAUUGUAGUACAACAAUAGUUGGAAAGUCACAUAGUUCCCUCCCCUGCGUUAUGUUUAAUGUGGAGACAGAUUUACAAGAAGAAUUGGGUCCAUGCUCAUGACAUUUGCAGGGCUUCUUGCUAAUUCAUCGUCUUUUAGAAAGGAUAUUGGAUUUGCCCCACGAUGUAUACACUGGAAGAGUGAUACAUUAAUGAUUGAGAAUGUUUUAAUGCAGUUGGCACUGAAACUUCUCUUUCCGUGCUAAGAAACAGAGUUCUUGCCUUUCAUCUUGAGGCACAGGGCUCUCUCAAACCUGCUUUAAAGUUAAAUGAGGGGGUGGGGGAACAAUUGUAUGGUGACAUCAAGAAGGAAGGAUGAAAUUAAGCACAACAGGUCCAGAAGUGAUUCUCUAGUAAACCACCAUCUUUUUGAGUAAUGCAAAUGUCCUUUGUGUUUUCAGGAGUGAGAUCAUAACUGGCAAAGUCCAUUCCUUUCAGUUGCAAUAGCAUUUGUCCUCCUUGUAGUACUCAUUUAUGAUGGAGAAAUCUUGCCACAAAACUCUAGUGAUAAGGUUUCCUUAGGGUUUGCCAUAGGUUGAAAAUGACUUGAAGGCACAUAGUAACAAUUGCAAAGAAGCAGGUGUUCAGUGGUUGAGCAGUUCUUGGUUGGUACCUGUUACUGCACUGGGCCAAUUCAUUCCACUGAUGUAGGUGGUGUCAUGAAGAAAAAGGCUGUGGUUACAAGGAAGGAAGGCUUUGGAUAAAUAGAUUGCUUGGAACUGACAGAUUUUGUCUACCUUCCCUCGCCGCUGCGGUGUUAUUUGCAUGUUAGGUGCCAUCAAGGCAAUUUGAACUUAUGUUGAUCCUAUCAGCGUUUUCUUGACAUUCUUUGUUCACUGGAUGCUGGGCAUUGCCUUCCUCUAAACUGAGAGAGUAGUGGUUGUCCAAGAUCUCUCAGUGGGAUUCUAUAGCCAAAUAGAGGUUUGAACCUUGCUCUAUCAUAGUCCUAACCCAAGAUUCAAAUCACUGUCCCACUCAGACUCUAAUAAUUUCUAUAAGAACCUGACAAAAGUAUAAUGCACAAGCAUUAAGAUUCCAGCCCUUGUGUCCAUUGCUCAUGUGCCUGUGCUCUUUCUCCUUCCCCCUCUCAGUCUCUACUCACUCCCAGCCACCUUUUCUUGACACUGGUGUCCAUCCAGCUGAGCAGAACCCUUUACCUGUUUCACAUCCUGGACAGCUGUUCCAGCUUAUAGUAACCCCACACAGUUGCCACUCUCUGCUGACUUCUCUUUUCACUUUGCUUUUUUAAAAAACCAAAUGUCUGGGCGGAACACUUGUUCCGGAUGUCAACCAGUUCUACUUGUUCCUAAUUCCCCUCCCUUUCCAACUUUACUUUGUCCUGUGUUUGUUUCUCUCUACUCCCACUGGUCCUGCCAGUAAAUUCCCAUGGAGCCAUUUUUAGCUCUGGACUUGAAUGAAUAACAACUGAGGUCUCAAAGGGGCCCCUUUAUAUCCUUGGCAGUCUUGACCCUGCUUUUAAAUUGAGCCACUGCCUAUUCUCCCUCCUGUACUUCUUGCCUGCCAGUUCUCGGUAUGCACAGCAGGAGAGGAGGCCUCCUCGGCAGCAUCAGAGCAGCCUAACUAGGUUCCUUAGGGACAAAACUUGAAACCUCUGGAACUUUAUAAGAAAUGAGAAUUUAAUUGGAUUAAUCUGAUUAUUAGAACAACAGUAGGGCUCUCAAUAAUUGAAAAUCCACACACACAGCCCACUUCAAAAGAUGUUGAUGCUCAUAUCCACAACACGUCAUUUGCUCUCUUAUUAUACAUGGAUUCUUUCACACAUUGCUAGAAACACACAAUGAUCUAAAAACAUACUACAAAAUACACAUAUUAAAAUAUAAAAGUAAAGUUUAAGGUUUCCCCUGACAUUAAGUCUGACUCUGGAAGGUGGUGCUUAUCUCAAUUUCUAAGCGGAAGAGCCAGCAUUGUCCAUAGACACCUCCAAGGUCAUGUGGCCAGCAUGACUGCAUGGAGCGCCUUUACCUUCCUGCAGAAGCAGUACCUAUAGAUCUACUCCCAUUUGCAUAUUUUCAAACUGCUAGGUUGGCAGAAACUGGGAUUAACAGCGGGAUCUCACCCUGCUCUCCGAAUUUGAACCUGCAACCCUUUGGUCAGCAAGUUCAGCAGCUCAGCAGUUUAAUUUGUUGUCCCACCAGGGGGCCUGUAUUAAAACAUAUUUCUACAAAAUACAUAUUAAAAUUACCAGAACAAAGAUUAAAUAUAAAACACAAGUUUAAAAUUCAUGAUGAAAACUGGCUAUGUCGAUUCUACUUUAUGAUGCUACUUUAACUGCUUUUGAUGCAUUCUGUGGAAUCCCAGGUUUUGUAGUUUUGGAAAAACACUAGACUUCUCUGGCUGAGAAUUCUAAACAUCAGAUCUCAGAAUCCAGUGACAUGUUGCUGUUAAAGCAGAAAUAAAAGUGAGGUAGUGCAAAAUGAUGUAAUGCAAAAGAGUGCUUGGUUGACUGUGUAGGAUACUCUUUGGUUUGUUUUACCAGCUCCUGCUCCUUUUGUCACAUUGGCUGAUGUAAAUUAGCUGAACCAGGGAAACAGAAAGGGGUUCAGGAUCUUUUAGUAGAUUUUUGUGUGAUUUAUGGUGGAUUGGUGAAGGUUUCUGAUGCAUAAAAAUGAGAACACCUAAACUACUGAAAUGAUUAAAUGAUUAGGGUAUCCAGGAGUGGGUUUCCAGUAAAAACCAAAAGUUCAGUUCAGUUCAGGCACUGGUAAGAGUUAUCUGUUCUCAGAGAUUUCUUAAUCUUUCAUUCUGAGUGCACUUCACACUUGGGUUGAAUAAACUCUUUUUUAAAGGAA